AACCUAGAGAGAGAGAGAGAGAGAGAAAAUAUGUCAGCUCCCAACUACAGUAGCACUGGCAGCAAUCGUUUUGAAAACAUUGUCUCUUGAGAUAAAUAAAUAAAUAAAUAAAUACAAUCAAAAAAUGUCCUGUCGCAGCACCUUCAGUGCCGAUUCCUUGCUUGGGUCUCCUUACCGAGGUGAGAAUUAUAUUACUAAUCAGGGUUUAUACACCGUGCAGUCGGGUUCCGAAUACAGCUGCGGGGUGAUGAGAAACCGUGCGAUUAUCCCGACUCCGCUUUCCAAACACGACGAUGUCAGCUCCGCCAGCCUGGCCAUAAACACCUACCACCCCUCUUACCUCGCUCAGCUUGAUUCCUGGGGUGACCCUAAAACUCCCAGGAUCGAGGAACCUGUUGCCAGAGCGCUACUGCCCUGCUCGUUCCCAAACAGCGUCAAAGAGGAGACAGUCUGCUGUAUAUACGGAGACAACACUGGGGCGAAGGAGCCAGCCACUUACACCCGACUGGGAGCCGCCGAGACUUGCCACGCCGACCUCGAAGUACCGGUGCCCCGGUAUUUCCGAGUCACUCAAGAUUACCACCCCGCGGAAAAGAGCCAGGGCGCCGUGCAGAACGACUUUGGAGCAAGUUUCGCUGCCACCACCGGGGCAAGCCUGCCCACCAACCACGGUGGUUCCCCGGCUGGCACCUCGGAGCACGUCACAGAAAAGGGCAAAGACACUGUGGCAUCGGAAUUCAAGAGUGAAGACGCGGCCAGGGCUAAAAAAGUGACUGAAAUGUUGAAGGGACCAACGAGCAACUCCAGUACGGAUAACUCAGAAAGCGAAACUAAAGAAGACAAAAAAGGGGAGAGCUGUGCCGGAAGUUGGCUGACAGCUCGAAGCGGAAGAAAGAAAAGAUGCCCUUAUACCAAACACCAGACUCUGGAGCUGGAGAAAGAAUUCCUGUUUAACAUGUACCUGACUCGAGAGCGCCGCCUGGAGAUCAGCAAGAACAUUAACCUCACCGACCGGCAAGUCAAGAUCUGGUUUCAGAACAGGAGAAUGAAACUGAAAAAACUGAGCAGGGAAAGUCGCAUCGGAGAACUGUCAUCCGACCUAACCUUUACAUGAGAUGCGAAUCUGGGGAGAAAGGGAGAGGGGGAAGAGAGAGAGAGAGGGGGGAGAGGGAGAGGGAGAGAGAGGGGGAGAGAGAGGAGAGAGAGGGGGAGAGAAUAAGCUAGCGGGCAAAGUCCAUAUUCAAGAUAAUAAAAAAAGUCCUCGAUUAAUGAUUGACAGAUUAUGUGAUUCAUAUUGCGUACAACAAGAACAAAUAACUGUAGAGGAUUAGCGAAACAGACAUUCUCGUUUCUGUGCUAAAAAAAAACACGAAAAAGACGUUAUGUGAAUGUUGAGGUUUGCAAUAAAACCAACCACUUUUACAGACAAGGGCUGGAGAAAUACUUUCCCUAUUAAAUUAUAUUAAUUGCAUAUUGUAUUACAGAAGAGUGAAAAUGUUUUUUUAUUUAUCUGUAAAAUUGUAUUUACUCCCCCCCCCCCCC